AUGGCAAUUAAUAAAAUAUCAUUUGGAACAAGUCAACCGACUGUAUUUAGUCGUAUGAAAUUUACAUUUCUUAUUUUAUGUUUCACAUUAUGUUUUAUUUUAUUUUUACUCUAUUCAAAUACAACAAUAAAUUGGAAAACUUUACAUAGUUUAUUAGCAAAUAAUUUUCUUUUAAUAUCAUAUCCAUCAUUAAAUUUUACAUUUAAUUAUACAGAUAAUAUAAUUCAAAAAUCAUUAAAUGAAAAAAAUUUUUCAUCAAUAGAACAUCGACGAUUUGCAAUUUUUGCUUGUUCAAUUCAUUCAAAAACUCAUGCAUAUUCAUUUUAUACACCAAUAACAUCUGCUAGUUGGAAACGUGUUGGUUAUGAAACAAUUGUUGUUUUUGUUGGUGAUUUUACUAUUCCAAAUGUACUUACAUCUCGUCUUAAUUUAACACGAAAAUAUUUAAAACAUGUUGGUGCAUAUAUUAUUGAUAUACAAUGUAAUUCUUCAUAUGCUAUUAAAUUAUCUCAAUUGGUACGUGUUUUUUCUGGAUUUUUACCUGAUACAAUUGUUCGUGAUAAUGAUGAUAUAUUAACAGGUGAUAGUGAUUUAAUGCCGUUAAAAACAAGUGAAUAUCAACCAACGAAAGGAACAGAUGGUUUUAUAUUUAAUGCAUUUUGUUGUGGUUCAUUUCGUCGUCGUGGAAGAUCUUAUCGAAUGUUUCCGAUGGGUCAUAUAUAUUUAAAAAAGAAAGUAUGGCGUGCUAUUGUCAUGGAAUCAAAACAAAGAUCUGAACUUCUUAUUAAUGCAACUGAUCAAAUAGGAUAUUUAUUAAGUGAAAAUGCAUCACUUUCAUUUGAUACAAUAAGUCUUUAUGCUCGACAUGAAUUUCAACAAGUAUAUGAUUCAAAUAUGGCAAAAGGUGAUGCAGCAUGGUAUAUGGAUCAAGUAUUAUGCUCAAUGUUAUUAACAGAUUAUCGUGAACAACAUAAAGAUUUAAAAAUACAUGAACGUGGUCGUGCUGCUCGUCUUGAUCGUGCUAAUAGUAUUGCAUAUUGGAAUCGUGAUACAUUUAAUCAAUUUGGUGAUGCACAUUUAAUUCAUGAUACAAUUUUACAAGAACAAAAUUGGAAAAUUUUUAAUAAAUUACUUAGAAGUUUAUUUAAUGUAAGUCUUGUUAAUACUUUCAAUGAUUAUUAUAAACAAUAUAUGAUUGUGGAUAAAAAAUUAUGA